UUCAUAAAGUAACAAUGCAAAACUCGAAUGAAAAUAAAUAUACUUUGUCAUUUGGUUAUUGAUGAAAGUCGACCCAUUGAUUUGUAAUUUGCCCUGUAGAUUUAGUAAGCGGCUGAAUCAGCUCUAUACCAGAUAGGCCUACCAGUUUUACCGUGCCUCCAAAGUAAAAAUUUACUCGCAAUAAAUUCGAAUACAGCUCGUAUUUAAACUUAAACUAUUUUACGUUGUCGUUCUUGUCAAAAAAAAAUCUGAAAAAUAUAUUUGAAACAUGCAUUUAUACCUGACACAUCACGACAUGUUUGUGUUCCAGUGGUCCUCUUAGCCAAAUAAUCUGCACAGUUGUGGCAGUAUGUUGGAAUCUGUUAAAACUAGAUGACUGCACCCGAGGUGUAAUUCCUAUUCUUUCCAGAUGAGGGAUGAGUUUCUGUUGGGCAGUCCUAUGUAUUCAUAAAAUACUUUUUUAACAGAAUUCCACAGAAUCAAAGCAAAAGCCUGUCAAUAAGCUAAACAAAACAGAUAGAUCGACCUAAUGUAGUUCUGUCGCCUAUCACUUCAUCAAGAUAGUCAAUAAAUGAUGCUAAUUUCAUUGAGAAACAUUCUAUUUUUGCAUUGUAUGCAUUAUGUUUGAUUUCCUAUUUCUAGCAGACAACCUGGAGAGCAGUGAGCAUCAAUAUCACACGAACUGUACUUUUACCGUAACUGUACCAUAAUGAGCGAUCGCCCUCUCCUCUUACUUCGCCUCCAUCCAAGGUUGCUGUGGUGACCCAACCUGAUGUUUUCCAUGUGUCUCGAUCCCUUUAAGACCUGUAGUGAACUGGCCAAGAAAGAGGGGAUAGUGACACUGCACCUUGUUACCGUUGGGUCGACUGUUAACUUUUACUACUGACAUUUUUCAAGCUUAUAAACGAUACUUUUUUAAACUUCCACAGGAAACACAGAGAACAUGCUGUGAUAAUGUUAGCCUCUGGAAUUCAGUCAAUACCCUAUAGUCUGGGAGCAUUACAAGCCACAAAGGUAUUGAUUACAUGGGUCCUAUAGCAUGUUUGAUGCUAAGGAUGGAGGUGUAAAAAAACAAAAGUCUUACCAGUUAGUGAGUCCCUUGGUCUGGGUUGUAAUCGAAACGUUAUGUGACACUAUUCUAUUAGCCCAUGGUCUGCACGUUCUGGCGUCUAAUGGCUCGCGGAUCAAAUCAUGGGCUUCAGCCCAGCUCCCAGGUGUGACGCACGGGCGGUCAGUUUGUGCCCGCAAUGCCAAAAAACAAACACAUGUAAACAUAUGGUGGCAUUGUAAAGCAUUCUGGAAAAUAUAUUAGUAAUUAAAGACAAUUGUAAUAACCUAAUAAUCGGCAUUACAAUAUAAAUACAUUGAGGCGGCAGGUAGCCUAGUGGUUAGAGCGUUGGACUAGUAACCGAAAGGAUGCCAGAUCGAUUCCCUGAGCUGACAAGGUAAAAAAUACUAAUCUGUCGUUCUGCCCCUGAACAAGGCAGAUAACCUGUUCCUAGGCCAUAAUUGAAAAUAAGAAUUUGUGCUUAAUUGACUUGCUUGGUUAAAAAAAUAUAUAUAAUUCUAAUCAAAAUGGCGUUGGCAAAUGAUUGUGUAAGAAAAUUGAUUUAAACGAUUCUGAAACAUGAUGUUUUAAUUAAAAAAAUAAACAAGUAAAUGUAUUUGUAAAUCAAAAGUCAUAAAAAUAUAUAAUUUCUAUCCCAUUACAAUAUUCUUUGCAAUUGCACUUUACGCACGAGCCACACCAAUAACACACCUAUAACAGGUUUAUAACAGAAUAUGUGUAAGUGAUCUCUGAUCUUGACCUAAAGAGGUUGUUGGAGAAAGAAGGAAAUGUAUCCAACUGAUACAUGUUAUUUCAGAACAAUUUUUUUGGGGGGUGGAUACGAUUCUAAUGGUGCCCUGAUCAAAAUAUAUAGGCUACACUGCAUGCUACAUUGCCAAGUGUCACUCACAAACUAUUAUAAACACAAUUAACAUUAUUGGAAGUGCCUAUUUGAAGUCCAUCCAAAAGCACAAGCUCACCUCAUUUGAAAGAAUCUCUUCCAUGGUUUACAAUAGUCACUCCAUCUUUUCUAUUUAGCCUACCAAUGCAUCAUGUUGGAUAAACGUUUUCCCUCAGACACUUCCCCCUAUGUAAAACACCCAGAGGUUGAAUUGAGCAAACCGGAUGGUGCAUGUGUGUAACAGCCUUUCCACAGUCAGGACGGCCAAUGAAAUCAUACCAGAGCGCCAACGUAACUGGUAAAAUUGACGUGGAGGGACGCGUCAAAUGAAUCCCAGCAAACUUCAGCCUCCAGUAUAACUCAAAUUUGCCUUUAUCGGAUUAAGAUCACGUCAGUGCUAUUGUACCGAGUAGUUUCUCUCAAAGCACUGUGACAGAAGAUUGGAAAGAACAUCGGGAGGAGACUUUUUAGAAGUCCCAUUUGUUCUUUAUUUUUUUGCUUCCUUCGUGCAGAAGGGAGAACCACCGCAUUCAGCCAUUGAGGGGCAACUAUUUCAAAGCAUCUCGAACCACAGGCAAAUGGAGCAAACCUAUGGCGAGGUGAAUCAGUUGGGUGGUGUAUUCGUCAAUGGGCGACCGCUGCCCAACGCCAUACGACUACGGAUAGUGGAGUUGGCCCAGCUCGGAAUCAGACCCUGCGAUAUCAGUAGGCAACUUCGUGUCUCUCAUGGCUGUGUGAGCAAGAUACUAGCACGAUACAAUGAAACGGGUUCCAUUUUACCCGGUGCCAUCGGGGGGAGCAAACCACGGGUUACUACACCGAAUGUGGUGAAGAACAUAAGGGAUUACAAACUAGGUGACCCGGGAAUCUUUGCCUGGGAGAUCCGGGACAGGCUUCUCGCAGACGGAGUUUGUGACAAAUACAACGUGCCCUCAGUAAGCUCCAUCAGCCGGAUUUUACGGAACAAGAUUGGAAAUCUUUCCCAGCCGAACCAGUAUGAGAGCAGCAAGCAAGCCCCCACACAGGCCGGCCUCUCCUACAACCACAUAUACCCCUAUUCAUACCCCAACGCCAUGUCACCCAAUGGCAAAAUGGGCAGCGGUCCCGGAGUACCCGUGACGGCCGGGCAUGUAAGCAUAUCAAGGGCCUGGCCAUCAGCGCACACUGUCACCAACAUUCUGGGUAUCAGGGCCUUCAUGGAUCAUCAAGCUAUUGCUGGAGCAGAGGGAUAUCCACCGAAAAUGGAGGACUGGAGUAAUGUCAACAGAGCGACGUUUCCCUCUGCUCAUGCAGUCAACGGAAUUGACAAAUCAGCCAUUGAUGCGGACAUAAAAUAUGCACAGCCUUCAUCAACAUUAUCCAGUUAUGUCCCAUCUUGUGCCUACUCAUCUUCGAACCAGUACGGCGUUUAUAGUGGGCCAGGUAGCUAUGUGACCCCUGGACACCAUUGGCAGUCCCAGAACUCGAGUUUGUCCCUCCCUAGCAGCGGCAUGACGAUGCACGCGGGAGACAUACACUCUUCAAUGGCGUUCAAACAUCCAUCGCGAGAAGGAGACAGAAAGCCCACCAGUCCACUAAGCAAGCAGCAGCAGCACGAAGCGUUGAGCAGUGUACACGGACUCAAUCUCCCUACCUCAUCCUCUUAAGCCAGGGAGCUCGUGCCGCAAACCGAGGACUCAGAACUUACAAUUGGCCUAUGUAACGAGCUGCAGACCCUGCCUUACCUAAUUGAAUGCAUUUCAAGAAUUCAAACAGUAAGUGGAAGCACUAUUUAUGAUUUGUUUGCCAAAGUGUUAAAUAUUGAAUGGGCCCUUAUAGCCUGACGCAUAUGCAUACAAAUGUAGCCAACCAUAGAUGACCUACAGUCGAUAUGUGGCUUUACGAAUGUAAACGUAUGAGGACUAAUGUCCUCGUGUGGUGGAGGUGGCGGUUGGUGGUUUUGUCAUAUUUUCAUUGAAAUAACCUACUUCAUGUAUAUUUCUGUAAAAUACAGGAUUUAAAUGGAAUAAUGUCUGUCAUUGAUUUUUCAUUUUGCUAUAGUCUAAAUAAGGGGUCGCAUUGACAAUUGAACUAUAUCCUGUAUACGCAAAACAUUAUAUUUUCUUGAUUGGUUUCAAAUCUGGUUUCUGCAUACAAACUCAACGAUGUGAACAAAGUGAUGAAUUGUAAAUGUAAAAUAACUGCAAAAGCUUUAAUUAUAUAUUUUUAUAAAUCCAUUGUAAAUAUUCUAA